AUUGCAGGCAGUAGCCAGAGUCAGACGGUGUACAUCGACCCUCCACUGCUCCAGACAGAGGUGACUGUGAGAGAGAGGAGUCUGCUGUUCCACGAGGAGAGCAUGAAGCUGUCAGUCAACAAGACUGGAACCAAGAAUGUCUUCCACCUCAUGACUGAGACUCCAGCUAUGAACAAACCACUACCCGCUGAGAGCUCCCAGAGGAGGCUGGCCUCGUUUGAGACCUCUGGUCUGGACUUUGGACUUGAUCUCACAGACUUAGAAACGUUUGGAGAAACGACUCAGUCCCCCAAGAGGCUGAAGACUCAUCAUCUACAGAAAGACUUGGUCAGUCAGCCUAAAACCAAGUCUAAACAGCACAGUGGGACCCUGGGUAAAGAGGUAUCGAAGGCCAGCAGAACUCAGGAUGAAGAGGUGAACUUAUUAUGGACAAACACAAAGGUGGUUUCAGAGACAGAGGGGAGAGAGCUAAGAGAGCAGAGCUGUGCUGGACAAUCAUUGGCUGCUACUGUCCCUUCAGCCAAUCAGCUGAAACCUGGCUCUGUACAGGACUCUGAGGAACAGUUAUCCUCAGGUGGAGACUCAGAAGACGAGCGCCUGGUGAUUGAUGACCCUGUAUCCCCAGUCUCCACCACCAACAGGUUACCCCAACCACGGCGACCCAACUCUCCCCAACACAUCAAGGACACUCCCCGAUCCCCCUCUGCCUCCUCACCACCACCCCUCGCCACCGGGACAAGGAGAGUGGCCAGGAAGGCUAAGGUACCAGGGGGCUGUGACCAGCUGGGUCAGAUCCUAGCCAUGCAGAAGGCCAUGCUCAAACCCAAACCCUCUAACAACCAGACCCAGGACCCAGCCAGACCCUGCUCCUCCCAGCCCACAGAACCCUCCAACACAAACCCCCAGUCACUGGUGAAGCCCUGUGUGUCCAACUACCUGGAGAGUACCCAGGAUGGAGAGAGCGUAUGUCGCCCUUCUCAAUCUGGACCAAUAGACAACAGGAAGACUGUACAACAAAAACGGCUGCUGUGUGAUGAUCUCAUGGGGGCUGAGGAUGAGGAGGACUAUUCAUCUCCAGAGGAAGGAAACCUGCUGUAUAAGCUGUACAGUCUACAGGACCUGCUGCUGCUGGUGCGGACAACAAGGUCUGGAACACACACACGCAGGCUGGGCACCAGCAACAAGGUGGUCCCUGUCUAUGUCCUGUCCAAGAUGGAGUACCAGCUUUCUUAUGGAGUGGAGAGUCUAACUAAGACUGAGGCCUGCCGGCUGUGGGCCGAGACACUACUACACUCCAGCACUGUCCCCUAUAUAGGUCAUAUCAGCGCCCACACUUCAAAGGUAGCUCUGCUCAGGAAGCUGCCAGAAAACUGGAAACCCAACUCUUCCUGUGACUUCAAACCAGCCAAGUCCCUCAACAUACUGCAUCAUCUGCUGAAGAAGAUCACUGGGUGAGUUGACUUCCUCUUACUGGUGAGUUGACU